UAAUGAGCGAGUUGCCAGGCGAGGCAGGAACUUCAUUCCCUUCUCCGUGUCAGGAUCGCAGAAAUUAUGCCCCUUCUGUCACCAUGAGCUGGCUCUCCAGUUCCCAGGGAGUUGUGCUCACUGCCUACCACCCCAGCGGCAAGGACCAGGCCGUGGGGGACAGCCAUGGCAAGGGAGGUGAGGAAGCCACCUCGAGCCGCAGAUGUGGCCAUUACACCAUGAGCCAGGAAAGCACCGGUAGAGUCCCAGAGAAGCCUCCAUAUGAUCGAUCAAGUUCCCAGGAUUCUUUGGAUGAAGCAUGCAUGGAUGACUACUUCAGAGAACUAGAAAACAUCAAGAAAUCCAAUGAAAACAGACAAGAUCAGGAGGUGGUGGUUGUCAAGGAGCCUGAUGAGGGAGAGUUGGAAGAACAGUGGCUGAAGAAGGCCGGCUUGUCCAAUCUUGUCGAGGAGUCGGCGGAAGAUCCUCACGAAAGCAUCCUCCUCUUAUCGACGCUAACCCGCACCCAGGCCGCAGCGGUGCAGAAACGUGUGGAGACCGUCUCCCAGACCUUGAGGAAAAAAAAUAAACAGCAUCAGAUUCCAGAUGUCAGAGACAUAUUUGCUCAACAGGAAGAACCCAAGGAAAAAGCUCCAGAUGGCACUGCAUUGCAGUCAGUCGGAACAAAUGAAAACAAAUACCGAGGAAAAGAUGAUCAUUCAUCGAACCUUGAGGUUGGGCCAAAGAAGUUGAUUUUUCCAACGGCUGAAGAUGCACCCGCUUGUGAGACAGACAUCAACCUGGAAGUAUCAUUUGCUGAGCAAGCAGCCAAUCAGGAGAGCGCCAAGGAUAAGACUGAGAAGCGCAAAGCUGAUGAUUCCUCGUUGCCUAAUUACAGAUUGCCAAAGGACAAAACGGGGACCACAAGAAUUGGCGACCUUGCACCCCAAGAUAUGAAGAAAGUUUGCUCUAUAGCACUAAUUGAACUGACAGCCCUGUAUGAUGUACUGGGGGUUGAACUGAAACAAGAAAAAGCUGUGAAAAUGAAAACUAAAGAUUCUGGUAUUUUUGGUGUUCCAUUGAUGAUGUUGUUAGAGCAAGAUCAGAGGAGAGUACCGGGAACUCGAAUACCCUUGAUCUUUCAGAAACUGAUUUCUCGAAUUGAAGAUGGAGGCUUGGAAACAGAAGGCCUCUUGCGAGUCCCUGGAGCUGCCAUCCGAAUCAAGAAUCUUUGCCAAGAACUGGAAGCAAAGUUUUAUGAAGGGACUUUUAAUUGGGAAAGUGUCAAACAGCAUGAUGCAGCCAGCUUGCUGAAGCUCUUUAUCCGGGAGCUGCCCCAGCCACUGCUCAGUGUAGAGUACCUCAAAGCUUUCCAGGCUGUUCAGUAUCUGCCAUCCAAGAAGCAGCAACUGCAGGCUUUGAAUCUGCUGGUCAUCCUCCUGCCUGACGCAAACAGGGACACGCUCAAGGCGCUGCUUGAAUUUCUCCAAAGAGUCGUAGAUAACAAAGACAAAAAUAAGAUGACAGUCAUGAAUGUAGCUAUGGUCAUGGCCCCAAAUCUCUUUAUGUGUCACACGUUGGGUUUGAAAUCCAACGAACAGCGAGAAUUCGUGAUGGCAGCCGGAACAGCAAAUAUCAUGCACUUAUUGAUUAAGUAUCAGAAACUUCUCUGGACGAUUCCCAAGUUCAUUGUCAACCAAGUAAGGAAACUAAACACAGAAAAUCAUAAGAAGGAUAAAAAAGCCAUGAAGAAAUUGCUGAAGAAAAUGGCUUAUGAUCGAGAAAAAUAUGAGAAGCCAGAGAAGAAUACAAAUGAUGCUGAUGUUCCUCAGGGAGUGAUUCGAGUGCAAGCUCCUCAUCUUUCGAAAGUUUCCAUGGCAAUCCAACUCACUGAAGAACUGAAAGCCAGUGAUGUACUUGCCAGGUUUCUCAGCCAAGAAAGUGGGGUUGCCCAGACUCUCAAGAAAGAGGAAGUUUUUUUGUAUGAAAUUGGAGGAAAUAUUGGGGAACGCUGCCUUGAUGAGGACACUUACAUGAAGGACUUGUAUCAGCUCAAUCCUAAUGCUGAGUGGGUUAUAAAGUCAAGGCCAUCGUAGAAGACUUCCCAACUGUACACAGCCACGAAGACUUGCGCGGUCAUUCUUGCUGGGUCAAGAGUGCAAAUGAGAGAAACGGCGACUUUCUUAUGACUGCCUGUACCCAACUAUUAAAAAGUGACAUUUUCAAACCUGAA